AGUUGGCGAGCACAGUUCAAAUGUUCCAGUCGCGUGAUAUCUUGACUGUGUGACUGUAGUCUCUUCAGCCAACGCUUUAGCUAGUCAGUCGGUAACAGAAAAUGGAAGACGUUUUCUUACUGAAAGAGUCAGUUUUGUCUUUUCUAGACAGAAGUGGAGCUCUUCUUCAACUUGCCGAAGACUGCAAACCAUUCAACGACAUCCAGCGAAAUGAGGCUGUGUAUCGGUUCUGUAUCCGUGUGAACCCUUCAGAUCUAAUCGAACUGGAUCCUAGAUUGGGUGACUGUGUUCUCAAUGACCCCCUCAAAGCUACAGCACUGUUUCAAUCUGUUUGUUUUCUGUCAAUAAAGACACUCUCCCUCAUAGAGAAAAUCCACACAGAAAGUCAGGUGAAUGUGAUCCUGAAGUUUACACACCUACCUCCGUUCCCUGAGUACACCUUGGACCUCUGUGAGUUUCCCUGUGGUUAUGGCACCAUGAGGCCUGUUGCCAUGGAGGGCUUGGCCAUCGCGAUGACUAGGGUCUCCAAGUACACUCAGGGAGCCAGGUUUCUCUGUUCUGAGGAGGACUGUCCCUGCUCAACAGGGUUCCAUCACAUCAGAGUGCAUGCACCCGGAGCCACUGAGUCAGCCACAGUGAGGAGUGACUUCAGUUGCCUGCUCUGCUCCUCUCACCUCAAAGAGGACAUCAAGUUCCGGGUCCUGGGGGACAAGCAGCUUGUUGAGCUGAUCCAUGUUAAAGCACUGGAUGUCCUGAAAGUCCAUCCUCCCAGUGCCCUCAGGUACCAGUCUGUCACCCUGUUUCUCAGAGAUGAGCUGUGUAACUCCAUGAGGAUUGGACGUCUGUACAGGGUGCUGGGCAUACCGGCCCAUGUCCACCAGUGGCCCAACAUCACCUUGAGUGUGGAGGCCAAUAGCAUUCAACCGUGGAAGCCUGAAUACACAGGCACCAUCAGCUCUAACUUCCAGGCCCUGUUGACAGCAACAGCCUCUUCCCCCUGGAGGUUCUCUGCCAUCGUGGCUAACACGUUUGGCUCCCCUGUGGUUCCCCCGGGCUUGUACAGCACUCUGAAGCUGGGCCUGCUGCUCAGCCUGGUCCAGGGCCGGGAGGACAACCCAGACUCACUGCACUGCCUGGACCUGCUGGCCCUGACUACUGACACACUCAUACUGGACAGGCUGAUGACGUACAGCCUGGGCCUGGCUGGCCGUGGGGUGAGACACCCUGCGACAGGGGAGAUGUUUGCCUCUCUUUCUCGUGAUGAACACGGAGCGGGCACGGCUAACAUCCACGCUGGCUCCGCCCUGCUGGCCACCGGGGGCGUCUGCAUGCUCGGGGACCUGGGCCACCACAGGAAGGAUAAGAUGGACGCCCUUCAGUCAGCUCUGGAGAGUCGGACAGUGUCUGUGAUCAUCCCAGGGAAGAAGUAUGGAGAGGAUGCUGACCAGCAGAUCUCCUUCCCUGUCCAGUGCAGCUUCUGGGCCUUGGCAGACUCCACAGCUCCCUCAAACAAGACCACCAGGACUGACAGUACAGUGCUGGGAACAGUGGACAUGGGCCCGGUCCCUGCCCAGUUGGCUGAGGCCUUUGGUCUGGUGAUCCUGUGUCGGGAGGCAGGGGGAAAGCAGGCCCUGCUAGCCCAGACGAUGCACACCCUCAGGCAGGCAGUGCAGCCCGGAGAGCCCCUCUACCCAUCCUGCAUGCAGUUCACCACACAGGACUACCAGGAGCUCCUGGCCUACACCCAGAGGAUCCAGACAGAGCUGAGCCCUGGGGCAGAGAUGAUGAUCCAUGGCUAUUACAUGGCCAGCAGAAGGGUCCGGUCAGACUCGGGCCAUGGUGCAAAGGUGUCUGUGGCCUCCAUCAAGCUACUGAUCUCCCUGGCCGAGGCCCACAGUAAGCUGUGUCUGAGAAGCACAGUGCUGGAGGAGGAUGCAGUGAUCGCUGUGUUGCUGUGUGAAAACUCCAUCACUCUCAGACAUGGAGCCUCAGCGCUCGUUAUCCCACCCGACGCAGCAUUUCCCUGUGACCUGUGUGACCUGGAAGCUCUCCACAGGAGAGACCUUAUCCUGGAGCAGCUCCAACAGAGCAUCCUGCACUUUGUCUACACCUACGCACCCGGGGCCGCCAGCUACAUCACUGAAGAAUAGCGCCACAGCUAAGUCCGAGUCAGAUGGGCAAUAUAAGUGGUGGCCAAAAUCAACACGUCGAGCUUGGACAGUUUUGUGUCCGGUGGCACCGACGGAAGAGUCCUCUGUAGCUCCAGGAAU